ACAGCGGUCCGCCUUCUACUACAUGUCCCAGAAUACACUGCGGCAUUUGAACUGUGUGUAUGUGAGGCAGAGAGAGGGGGAGAGAGAGAGCGAGGAAGAUUUAGGAAUUCGUCUGCAGACUUACAGCUGCGCUGUAUAAUGAGUAAUGGCCUAGCAGACCUGCUAACUGUGUGUGCUUUGGGUUAGGAGCAGUGGUAAGACGCCUCGCUACAACCCAUACUCCUUAGGAGCAGCAUCAGCAGUCAUCCCCUGCAGCCCCCCCCCAACCCAGCAGCAGACUCUGGCAACGAGUUGAACUCCACACUGUGUCUAUACCAAUUUAUCGAUCCAUCCAACCCUCCUUUCUUCACUGCAGAGCAGGAUGGAGACUUCAUUUGGCCCUACCUUCGCAGGCGUGGCUGCUGGAGCCAAAGCAGAAGGGUCCAGCACCUACAAACAGCAUAGGAGAACUCCCUCCUCCUCCAGCACUCUGACCUACUCUCCCCGGGAUGACGACGAUGGAAUGCCUCCUAUUGGUACUCCCCGGAGGUCAGAUUCAGCCAUCUCAAUCCGAUCUCUCCAUUCCGAGUCCAACAUGUCCCUGCGCUCCACUUUCUCUCUGCACGAAGAGGAGGAGGACACGGAGCCCCAGGUGUUUGCUGAACAGCCGUCCGUUAAACUGUGCUGUCAGCUGUGCUGUAACGUCUUCAAGGACCCCGUCAUUACCACAUGUGGGCACACCUUCUGCAGACGAUGUGCCUUGACUUCAGACAAGUGCCCAGUGGAUGCGGCCAAGCUAACAGUCGUGGUGAACAACAUUGCGGUAGCCGAGCAGAUCGGAGAGCUGUUCAUUCACUGUAAAUAUGGCUGCAGGGCCACGGCAAGCGCUGCAGGCGGGGCUGCAGUCUCCACCUCCACAGUGGCUGGGAAACCUGGGGCGUACGAGGUGGACCCACUGGGCUGCCCGUUCACCAUCAAACUGACCACACGCAAAGAACAUGAGGCCAGUUGUGACUACAGGCCAGUCCGCUGUCCCAACAACCCUUCCUGCCCCCCGCUGCUCACCAUGAACCUGGAGGCUCACCUCAAAGAAUGUGAGCACAUCAAGUGUCCGCACUCCAAAUAUGGCUGCACGUUUAUCGGUAACCAAGACACGUAUGAAACACACCUGGAAGUGUGUAAAUUUGAGGGUCUGAAGGAGUUUCUGCAACAAACUGAUGACAGGUUCCAUGAGAUGCAGCUGACUCUAGCCCAGAAGGACCAAGAUAUUGCUUUCCUGCGCUCUAUGCUGGGAAAACUAUCUGAGAAGUUGGAUCAGCUAGAGAAGAACCUGGAGCUCAAAUUUGAUGUGUUGGAUGAGAACCAGAGUAAACUGAGCGAGGACCUGAUGGAAUUUCGUAGAGAUGCGUCCAUGCUUAACGAUGAGUUGUCCCACAUCAACGCCAGGCUCAACAUGGGAAUCCUGGGCUCAUACGACCCCCAGCAGAUCUUCAAGUGUAAGGGGACAUUUGUUGGCCACCAGGGUCCCGUUUGGUGUCUGUGUGUGUACUCCACUGGAGACCUACUCUUCUCUGGAUCAUCAGAUAAGACUAUCAAGGUAUGGGACACGUGUACCACCUACAAGUGUCAGAAAACCCUCGAGGGCCAUGAUGGCAUCGUACUAGCAUUGUGUAUUCAAGGAAACAGGCUAUACAGUGGCUCUGCAGACUGUACCAUCAUCGUGUGGGACAUCCAGACCCUGCAGAAAGUCAAUACAAUCCGUGCCCAUGACAACCCUGUAUGUACACUGGUCUCCUCCCACAAUAUGUUGUUCAGCGGCUCCCUCAAGGCCAUUAAGGUGUGGGACAUUGUGGGUACGGAGCUGAAGCUGAAGAAGGAGCUGACCGGUCUGAAUCACUGGGUUAGAGCGCUGGUGGCCUCCCAGAACCACCUGUACAGCGGCUCAUAUCAGACCAUCAAGAUUUGGGACAUCCGCUCUCUGGAGUGUGUUCACGUCCUGCAGACCAGUGGGGGCAGCGUCUACUCCAUCGCCGUCACCAACCACCACAUCGUCUGUGGCACCUAUGAAAACCUCAUCCAUGUGUGGGACAUUGAGUCUAAAGAGCAGGUGCGGACCCUGACAGGUCAUGUGGGAACAGUUUACGCUCUUGCUGUCAUCUCCACCCCUGACCAGACCAAAGUGUUCAGCGCCUCCUACGACCGCUCACUCAGGGUGUGGAGCAUGGACAACAUGAUCUGUACCCAGACCCUGCUCAGACACCAGGGCAGUGUAACGGCUCUAGCCGUCUCCAGAGGGCGCCUCUUCUCUGGCGCUGUGGACAGCACCGUCAAGGUGUGGACAUGCUAAAUGAACCGUGAAUGAACUGCAGGAGUCCAGUCAACUCCACGUGUCUUUGUUAGUCAGAAGACAGACGCUAUGAACGGUAACCUUUCCACGCCAUUUUCCUCCGCCACACCUGUUUCUUUGAUUGUGAUUUAACGGCCGCAGACCAGUAGCAACCACCCCUUCACAAUCGAGCUGCAUCGGAAGCAUUUUCAACUAAGUGUUAAUGUUAAAACUUCAAACAAACCCUCCAACGCCUUGACCAGAUCGCCCGGAUUGAGGGUCAACUCCCGGUCACGCUCCUUAGUGACCUCUUCACCAGUGCAUUACGGGGCAAAAUAAGACAAGCUGCCUUACGGUUGCACCGCACUUCGCCAAAAACUAACAUGGACUGGCUGCUGCAGCCCUGUAAUCAGAGCAGUAAGCAGAGGGUUUUCAAACUGUAGUCCUGCCUGCUUCCUGCGGACACACGGCCAGUUUCAGAACUGUACUGAUGAUGUCUGAUGCAUACUGUUCACACAAGUCAAAGGGCUGGUUUCACAAACAUGGAGUGACACCACACUCACUCCAAAUGUAUAUGUCCUGUAUCCCACAAUACAUAAGAACAAAGACAGGACAUUUAAAUUGGGAUGUUAUUUUAUGCAAAUGAAGUAGUUUUAUGUUAAAAUGUAUGAAAAAACUUUAAUUGAUCCCGACCUAGGAGUUUCCCUGAAACAUCAGAAAGUGAAAAAAGGGAUAAAACAGAGGCGUGUUGGGUAUUUUUGCAGUUCUUCAUGAAGAAGUGAGUGAGUCAUGGUGACCACAUAGUAACUAUCCUCCCCUUAAUAUUAUGGUAUCCUUUUUUUCCCCCCCUGUUGUAACCUGGUGGUCUUUAUUCAUAACUUAAAGCUGGCAUAGGCAGUUUUCUGGAGAAGGCAAAACAAACUUUGAAAAUACAGCCCUCCGCCUGCAGCUAUCUCCUCUCGGUCCUAAUGUGGACCCGAGGAAGAGUAGCUGUGCUUAAGGGCACAGCUAAUGGGGAUUCUAUAAUAUAAUAAACUAAACUAAACCAAGCCCCUCCCAGCAGAUGAGCACGGGCACUCGCGUUUCAUACAUGAACCUGUACGAGUACUCCAUCAUUCAUUUCAAUCAUCCCGAUUGGAAUUGUGCUCCCGAUGCUGUUUAUAUAACAUCAGUUCUAUGAGAAUGACCUGUCCUGUUUUCUCCGUAAAGCCCUUUGAGAUGACAGACUGUGAUUCGAGGCUCUAGCUAACUACAGAAACAUGAACUUGAAUUAGCCACAGCUGUCAGCCUAAACUAUUAGCAACAUUUUCUCUCCAUCUCUGAAAACUCUUCGCCGAUAUUGACACGUUUUGUCUGGUUGAUCGAGUUGAAAGAGAUGCACGAAGGCAAAAUUUCCAUCAACUUGCACAAAUAAGAAAGAAAUGCAAACCAUAAAAGUUUAAAGUAAGGAUACUUCAGUCAGCAUCUGGCCAGGAUGAGCCCUGAAAAUGAAAUACUUCUGCACUUUCACACUAGCUGGCGUAUUGACAAAAACGAUGGCUGAGAAGCAUUAAGAAUGAACUAAAGACAUGUCCAGUUCCUAGCAGACAAUGUCCAGAGGAAGAGGGUUUUUGUCUCUUAACACUCCAUUUCAGGUCCCAGACUUACUAAUGGUUUUCCUCCCUCCUCGACCACUGGGGUUGUCACCCACAAGUCUGUGAAACCAGCCUUUUACCAAACACUUUUUAUCAAGUGAAGACUUUAAAGAGAAUGACGGAUCUAUAGAUUUACUGAGUUUUAUAUUAGUGCCAUGAUAGAGCUGUAUUCAGAGAGCCAUUAACGGUUGUACAGUUGUGUAAAAUAAGAUUAGUGCCGAGCCCGGACAUGUGCCCCAUGAGAAUGACUCACACUGGCCUACGUAACAGAGAGGGACAGGGGGAGAGGGUGUGUGUGUGUGUGUGUGUGUGUGUGUGUGUGUGUGUCUGUGUGUCUGUUAUCGUGUAUAUGUGAGUGUGUUUCAAUGAGUGCCAUAUGUGUGGAUGAAAAGUAAGGAAAGACUGUAAUGAUGUGUCUUUUUGUCCCCUCUUUCUGCCUCUCCCUCCUCUCUCUGAUUUCUAACUUGGGCUGGUUAGAAUGAACAUAACCACAGAUUAAUGCUGAUUGUUGUUUUAUGACUGUAACACUCGAUGGACUGACAGUGAAGGCAAGCAGGUGAUCGUUUGUAAUUAACCUUAAAUGGGUAAUUUUUUUUUCCCCCCAACCAGAACCCCUUUUCCCCUAUGCAUUUAUGUCUAAUAGACUGAUGUGAACAAAAAUCUUUGAAAUUGUUCUAGUAUUGAGAAAAAAAAAAAAAAAAAAAAAACGCUGUUCACCGGACUCACGUUCCACACUCCACACACCGCUGUCUUCAGACAAGAUGUCACCUCGCGAGAACGAUAGUGUUGUCAGACACUUUUAGUAACAAUCUGAGCUUGUCGGGAGCAAAACCAAUUAUUUCAAAACAAAGGGUGCACAAUUGCCCCAUUGGGUUACAUUGCGACCCGGUUCGCGGUGGCCCGGUUACUGCGUUCUCGCUCAAUACUGGACUGAUUUCAAAGGUUUUUGUUCACAUCACUCUAUGUGCGGAAUGGGGAAAUAGUCCAGGUUGAAAGGAAAAAAAACAUAACAACGAAUUUACCCUUUAAACUCCCAGAGGCAAAUGCAUAGAAAGUGCCAUUGAGCUAAAGUGAAGUCCUGCUUUCCUUAAUUAUGUUUGGGGACCCAUAUUGGGUUGACAAUGUAUAAAACUGACUAAACAAGCCUGGGAGGGUAGUUUUAAGUUCAUGAGAUCAUGUACAACUACACCAAAUUUAGACACCUGGGCUAAAUUCAGUUUUUACAGAUGUUUAGAAUUAUGUUGCCUUCAUUUCAGUGCACAUCUGGCCACUACUACUGUACUUACUGUAGCCUUGGUGAGAAAGGUAGUGGGGAAAGGAAGGAAGUGUCUUCACUGGUCACAGUUAAAGUGAUUCCUUGUAUACUUGUAAUCAUGUAAGCCUGAGUUGAUCAUUGAUCAAUAAAACUGUUGUACACUUUGA